AUGAGUCAAUCUGAGCAGGAACCCCCUAAGGAAUUACCAGCACAGGAUACGCCUGCUGCAGAUGCUGCUUCCGCUGAGUCCGCUGAGCCAAAUGGAGCUAAGAAAUUGUCAAACAAGGAAUUGAAAGAGUUGAAGAAACGUGAAAAGGCUGCUAAACGGUCUGCUAAGAAGCAGGAAAGUGGUAUUACCAUUGAGCAACAACAGCAACAGGCUCAGGCAAAAAGAGAUAAGAAACAACAGCAGAGGGAACAACAGCUACAACAACAGAAAGAACAUCAGAGGAAGCGUGAGGAGAAAAACUCACAAUCCAAACAAAAAAUGAAGAAGAGUACAUUGUUUGGCCAUUUGGAGACUACAGAAGAGAGAAGAGCCACAAUACUCGCACUGACAAGUGCCAUCAGUUCGUCAAUGGCUUCAAGGAUCACUGCAACGGGACUGAUGCUACCUGCUGUGGCCAGUGCCUUGUCAGGUUCUCAAGUUCCUGCAAGUUCCUCAUUAUUUUCCCCCAUUGCACGUUCCACCAGUAUAGCGUCAGCAUCUAAUAGUAAUUUGGCAGCAUUAUCAUCAACGAACGGUCAGGCAGAUAAAAGUGACAUUACCAAGACGUUGGCAGCUGUCACUUUGGAGAGUGAAGAGUUUUCAGUGGUUCCAGGUAUUGGAUCUGUGAUUCCAAAGGCCAUUGAACACUCCUUUGACAGUCCUCAGAUGGUUUCAUCAGUCAAAGAACUGCUCUUGAACAAGGACUACAUCCAUCCAGCAAUCGCUUUAUUGACUUCCCGCAUAGCUAAUUACAUGAUUGUUGGAUCUAUUCCACGUUGCAUAGCAAUGCUAGAGGCAUUCCAAAUCGUGGUCAAGGACUAUCAAACACCUGAAGGUACCACUCUUUCGCGUAAUUUAACCAGUUACUUAUCGCACCAGAUUGAUAUCCUGAAGAAAGCCAGACCGCUGAGUGUGACUAUGGGUAAUGCUAUCAGAUGGCUGAAGCAGGAAAUUUCCCUGAUCGACCCCUCCACACCAGACAAGGAUGCCAAGCAAGAUCUUUACGAAAAGAUAGCGCAGUUUGCGCAUGAAAAAAUCGAACUUGCUGAUCAAUUGAUUAUCGAUAAUGCAUCUCAUCACGUUGAAAACGGUUCCACCAUCGUCACAUAUGGUUCUUCCAAAGUCUUGACCGAUCUACUGCUGCACAACGCCGUGGAUCUAGAGAAGAGUUUUAGGGUCAUUGUUGUAGACUCUAGACCAUUAUUCGAAGGUAGAAAAAUGGCCGAUAUUUUGAGAGGUCAUGGUGUGAAUGUCACAUAUGCGUUGAUUACGAGUUUGGAUGACAUCCUGCGCAUGUCAGUUGAUUACGUCUUUCUUGGUGCUCACUCGAUCUUAUCAAAUGGUUUCCUGUAUUCCAGAGUUGGUACAGCUAUGUUGGCAAUGAGCGCAAAGAGACGUAAUAUCCCGGUAUUGGUCUGUUGCGAGAGUUUGAAAUUUUCGCAAAGAGUUCAGCUUGAUAGUGUUACUUUCAAUGAAUUGGCGGAUCCAGAUGAUCUAAUCGCUAUCGACUCCAAGAAGCUGGUCGAUAGAGAUAACGUCAGAGGCGCACUGUUGAAACAGUUCUCGAAAGAACGUCAAGAGGAGAAAAAGAAGAACUCGCAGGAGAUCAAGGGGAAUGGUAAGAACACACCUAACUCGCCAUCUGCUGCUGCUACCAAUUCCAACCCACAAGAGAAGACAGGGAAGAAUAUAUUAGAUGGAUGGCAAGAGAUCCCCAGCUUGAACAUCGUCAAUAUCCUAUACGAUCUAACACCACCAGAGUACAUUAAGAAGAUCAUUACGGAGUUUGGAGCUCUGCCACCAUCAUCAGUUCCUGUCAUCUUAAGAGAAUAUAAAAGUUCAGCCUGA